AGAAACACACUGUGGAUUGUGGAUUGUGGAUUGUGUUUUGUGUUAGUCUCUCUCUGGAUCUGCAUCUCCCCUGUGUAGUCUGUACAUAAUACAGAGCAAAACAAACCCUAAUUGAAUUAAGAUUGAAUUCGACACAGCAUUGGAACGUCGAUGAUGGAGUCCGAAACUCCUGCAGACGAGACAGCCACAUUAGCAGGUCUCCUCCCUCUUGCCUCCGUCUCUCAACAGCCUUACGUCUCUGAACUCCUCUCCUUCACUCUCGAUCGCCUUCACAAGGAACCAGAACUUCUUCGGGUCGAUGCAGAGAGGAUUCGGCGGCAGAUGCAAGAAGUGGCGGUUGGAAAUUACCGCUCAUUCAUUUCAGCUGCCGAUGCAUUGCUUGGGAUACGAGAAGAAGUUUCUUCUAUUGAUAAACAUCUCGAAUCUAUGAUUUCUGAAAUCCCAAAGCUAACAUCUGGUUGCACUGAGUUCAUUGACUCUGCAGAGCAGAUUUUAGAGAAGAGGAAGAUGAAUCAAACACUGCUAUCAAAUCAUAGUACUUUGCUUGACUUGCUUGAAAUUCCUCAGCUUAUGGACACAUGUGUAAGGAAUGGAAAUUAUGAUGAAGCUCUCGACUUAGAAGCUUUUGUUUGCAAGCUUUCAACAAUGCACCCGAAAUUACCUGUAAUUCAGGCACUUGCUGCAGAAGUUAUGCAGACCACACAAUCUCUUCUUUUUCAGCUUCUCCAGAAACUUCAAUCAAAUAUUCAGUUGCCAGAAUGUCUCCGCAUUAUUGGAUAUUUACGUCGUAUAGGAGUAUUUAGUGAGUAUGAAAUGCGCCUACAGUUUUUAAGAUGCCGAGAGGCAUGGCUUACUGGAAUUCUCGGUGACCUAGACCAAAGAAAUGCUUAUGAUUACUUAAAAGGGAUGGUAAACUGUCAUAGGACGCAUCUUUUUGACGUUGUUAACCAAUAUCGAGCCAUAUUUGCUGAUGAUACAUCUGGAAGCGAAGAAAACUAUGAUGGCGGGCUUCUCUUUAGCUGGGCGAUGCAUCAAAUUACCUCUCACCUUAAAACUCUCAAAGUCAUGCUACCUAAAAUAACUGAAGGCGGGUCUUUGUCAAAUAUCCUGGAUCAGUGCAUGUAUUGCGCCGUGGGGCUUGGUUAUGUUGGAUUGGAUUUUCGGGGCUUGCUUCCCUCGCUUUUUGAAGAGGCAGUCCUCAACUUAUUCUCAAAGAAUAUAAGUACAGCGGUUGAGAAUUUUCAGUUAGUCUUGGAUUCACAUCGCUGGGUCCCGUUACCAGCCGUCGGGUUUACAGCCAAUAGUGUUGGUGAAGAAAAUCAGGACGAUGUGACCCCACCUUCAAUUCUAAUGGAGCAUCCACCUCUUGCUGUGUUUGUUAAUGGUGUAGCUGCUGCAAUGAAUGAAUUGCGUCCCUGUGCUCCAAUAAGCUUGAAACAUGUGCUUUCUCAAGAAUUAGUGAAGGGAUUGCGGGCUGUUUCUGAUUCUUUACUGAGAUACAAUACAAGUCGGAUGCUUAGAGAGACCGAGUCUGUACUUUUCCAUUCACUUUGCCGAGCAUUCAUUGAGGUUGCUUAUCCACAUUGUGCUACAUGCUUUGGUCGGUGUUACCCUGGCGGAGCUGCUCUUAUCAUGGAUGCCAAGAAUUUAUUUGACGGACUCAGCCGUCUAUUAGCAACCUCUUCAUCCAGACAACUUCCCAAACCAGUUCAUAAAGCCGAGGAAAGGAGUAUAUCGGAAAAUGGUGAUCUGCCUCCCGUAGAAAAUGGGGUGGUUCCUAGUAUUGAACAAUCAGGGAGCUCCAAUGUGGAUGAAGAGGAGGAACAGAACAAUACCACUUUGCGAGCGGAGGAAAAACUCGGUGAUGUGUGAAGCAACUACACAAUAUCGACUUUGUUUUAAAAAAUCCAUAUUGUAGGUACGCCAACAUAUCCAUUCCUGAUAGAAUCCAUGCUUGAAUCCCUCUGAUGUUUGUAAUUAUACGAUCAAAGCACGAUUGUACCGUCCACCCUAGUGAUUCAACAUGGAAAUUCUUUUUGUACGGUGGUGAAUAUUAAGGCUGUCAAUUUUUCUCACUGAGGUAACAUAAUUGGCUUGUAAUGAUAACUCACAGUGAAGUGGUACACAGAUUUUUGUUUGCAAAAGGAUUUUAGUGAAAUAAUGAGCUUUAAUAUUAAAA